AUGUUUUCUGGUAUUGGCAGUGGUGUGACCGGGAUUGGUGUGUCUAGUCCAGUCACCGCUGGAGCGCAGUUGCCAUAUACCAAUGCAAGCCUUGCCCGUCGAGACGAGACGGACGGUCCGGCGCAGGACUCUGGGCCUGACGCUGCGCCCAAACCACCAGCCAAGGGCAGGAGGAGGAAGCUCAAGGAGGAAGAUGUCAAAGGUGAUGAGGAGAGCACAGGGCGCCUCACACCAGUGAAGGAGGCGCCAGCCAAGCAGGCUGUGCAGAGUCCGACUGCAGUGAUCCCUCCCAAACCUAAAACAGUCGUCAGCUCCAAGGCUGUAUUGGAAUCGGUCGCGCAUCUCCCGCGGACUCACCUUGGCGAUGUGCUGUACGAACCCAAACUGAAGCCGGCGAGACAAGUGCCGAACGUCCCCUCUUCUCGUGGCUUUUCGACGACACCUACACCUCUGCCAUGGGAUAUGAUCAAGAACAAGGAAAACUGCACCCUGACGGUCAAGGUCCCUAAGGUACACCUGACCCCCUCCGCACGAGAGGAGAUUACUGCACGGAGAGCAGUAUGGGGAACAGAAGUGUAUACCGACGACUCGGACAUUAUUGCUGCCUGCAUUCAUGGCGGCUGGAUUCGGGGAGAAUGGGCCGACGACAUCGAUGCGGACAUGCUAGACCUGGAUCGUGGCCUAGCCGCCCCCGAGAAGGAGGUUCCAGCGAACAAGAGACGCAAGGAGAAAGAGAAGGAAGAAAAGGCCAGACAAGAAGCGAACGCGGCCACGUUCCUGGACAAGCCACCCAAGACUGGGCCCGUCACAGUCCCUAUCGAACGCGACAUGCACGUCACUCUCCUGAUUCUCCCACGACUGGAGAAGUACAGUAGUACAACUCGAUUCGGUAUUCAGUCACGCGAGUUUGGUGGCCGCUACAAUGGACGGAAGUCGAUUCACGACGGCAUCAGUUUCCAGAUUUUGGGGAUCCGCUGGGUGACCAACGGCGCCGGAACACAGAGCCGACUCCGAGGCAAAGGCCGUCGGGAACGCAUGCGCAAGGCCAUGGGAGAGAUGAACGCCGCCAGCCGUGGCCUCAACGGUGCCGAGCUGGAAAAAGAAAAACAGCGCCUCGACAGGAUUCGAGACGAGAUCGUCUCUGGUCACUGGUGGAAACGAGAUGAAGCACGCGAGAACGGAGCGGGCAAGGAUGAGAGGACCCCUAGUGAGGGCGACAAGGAGAAUAGGCCUGCCGAAGAGCAGCAAGGUGCUCGCGCAACCAACGGUGCAACCACGAACGGCGUGGCGUCGAACAAGGCCGACAAGAUGGAUCUCGACGAGAGCACGAAGGAGGUGAAGGCAUCGGCGUCUUGA